AUGCUGAGCAAGGGCCUGAAGCGAAAGCGGGAGGAGGAGGAGGAGGAGGAGGAGAAGGAAACCCUGGCGGUGGACGCCUGGUGGCUGGAUCCCAGCCACUCGGCAGUAGCUCAGGCGCCCCCGGCCGUGGCCUCCAGCUCUCUCUUUGACCUCUCGGUGCUCAAGCUCCACCACAGCCUGCGGCAGAGUGAGCCGGACCUGCGGCACCUGGUGCUGGUAGUGAACACGCUGCGGCGAAUCCAGGCAUCCAUGGCACCCGCGGCUGCCCUGCCACCUGUGCCCACCCCGCCUACAGCCCCCAGCGUGGCUGACAACCUGCUGACCAGCUCUGAUGCUGCCCUCUCAGCCUCCAUGGCCAGCCUCCUGGAGGACCUCAGCCAUAUUGAGGGCCUGAGCCAGGCCCCACAGCCCCUGGUAGAUGAGGGGCCACUAGGCCGCCCCGCCGGGGGAGCCUCACCCAGCCUGGGCGCCUUGGACCUGCUGGGCCCAGCCACUGGCUGUCUGCUGGACGAUGGGCUCGAGGGCCUGUUUGAGGACAUUGACACAUCGAUGUAUGACAGUGAACUCUGGACACCAGUCUCUGAGAGCCACAAAUCCAGCCCUGAAGAUGGACCAGGCAAGGAGGUAGGUCCAGAUCUGGACGAGGCCGAGCUGGACUACCUCAUGGACGUGCUGGUGGGCACACAGGCACUGGAGCGACCCCCGGGGCCGGGGCGUUGA